AUGUGGAUUCUAGAUAAGAAACGGCUAAUUCAUACACAACCGGGUAUUCAGCGUGAAGGUUUCAGCGAGAAAUUUCCCUUGUCACCAAGUCAGAAUCGCUACAUCUUGGGUCGCAACUCAACAUGUGACAUAAAAUUCACCAGCCCCUUCAUAUCACGGCAACACUGUGAGAUCAAGCGUGUGCCACCCCAUGGGACACUUAUGAUAAGGAACCUGAAGGCGACCAAUGUCACCUAUGUUGAUGGAUUGGAGCUGCGUGAUUUAGAAAUGAUUGCUGAGCUGAGACCAGGCUGCCAGAUUGGAUUGGGUGUCCCCCUGACCCAUGCCACAGAUGAAGGCAUCCGUAACAGCCAGUAUGUGUUCCUUCGGCUGUGUGAGCCAGAAGGCCAGAUUGAAAGCCACGGUAAUAUAAGCAGUUUAAAUGAAACGGUGAAUUUUUCUCCGGGACAAAGAGGCAGAAGACUUAGUAAUAGCCGCCCACCUGGUAAUGCAGUACCCUGCACAGAAAAAUCAGAGGACACAAAGAAGAAUGCAAGUAGAACUGGACUCCUCGGCAUGGAAUACUCUGAGAAUCCUCAGGAAGGUGGCAUUAUGACAAGCACAUCAGCCACAUCCUUUGACUCUCAGAAAACCUCAUAUUCCCACAGUGGUUCUGGAAAUGAUUAUGUAAUGUCAAAGCUACAACCAAACUCCUCUGUUGGCUUUAUCCCAUGUAUUCAGUCACCCACAUCUAAAGCAACCUCUUUGGUUGCAGCUGCUAAUGUGCCACAAUCUUCAGGUACAACUAAACCUCCAGCUUUGUGUCUUGCACAGCCAGAGGUCAGUUGCAAUGGUAGUGGUGUAAGGACACUACCAUUACUCACACGCAUAUCAAAUACCAAGAGAAAAGAAAGUCUAGAGCUUUUUGAUAAUACCGAUUUGAAAGGUCAAGUUAAUGUAGAUAUUCCGAAGUCUGCUGAGCCUCUCCCAAGAAGAAACAGUAGAGAUGACUGUAUGGGAUUAACUUCUCACCAAAGUGAAUUUAGUAAUCAACAGAAAGAUGGUGCUUCUGCAGGAGAUGAAAUGAGAAAAUCUAGUCAUAGUAUAUCUGGCCUUCCUCUUCAUGCAGAGGAAACAAAACAGGUUCCCUCGUCAUUGGCAUCUGAAAGUUGGUAUUCGUCUCCAAUAGUUCAAAGCUUGGAAACUCACAGAAAACAGAAACAGUGUUCAGGUACACAUGGUGUGUCACAGAUUCAGCAGGAUUCCAGCAUCCGGCCUGAGGGUGAUGCCUGUAAUAGGGCAUCACCCUCUUUUCCAAUCCAACAUGUUCCUGAAGUGCCAGAUGUUUCUGGCAGCAAACCUUUUAGUUCAUCCAAAGUGUUGGAAGUUAACUCCACAAGAAAAGCAAAGGCAUUAGAGGAAAAUCUGAGGGAAAGCACAAUUGAUGAUACAGCAACUGUAAACUCAAACAAUUUCCUAUAUGGAAAAGGAGCUCCUGGAUUGGAGAAUCAGACCCCUUUUCAGGGCCAGCAUAUAGAAGCAAAGCAGCUACUUCAAACUGUUAAUAAUAUCACAGUUCAGAGUCCUGUUUUAGGGCCAGUUGAGACUUCUGCUUGUGUAAAAGCUACCAAAGAACAGACAAAUUUUAUGGAAAAAAGAAUUGGAUUUGAUACCAAGAAAGACCAAAAAGGGGAACCAAAAGGUGGCCAGAAAGACCUGAUCACCAUUGAUGAGUUUCUUGAAGAGGAUGUCAUUGACCUCACACAACAGGAUCCUGAACCUGAUAGCUCGGUUGAAAAAAGAACUGAGGAUAAAGAGCAAGACUUCAUGGACUGCUUUGUUGCUGACCUAAUGGAAGAGGAGAAGGGGGAGACAUCUAGUGAAGGAUCUGCAAAGAGGAAGAGGAAUACUGGAGAAGACACAAUAAAGUCUCUAAGCUCUACUAGUGCUGAUUUCAAGGAUGUAAAAAAGGCAAGACUAAUUGCACCAGCUGUUAGCAAUUUAAAUUCCAGGGAAGACUCGGGAAGUGACAGUGAUAGUGCUGUUCUUAAAACUCUAAGGAAUCCCAAGCUGAAAAGGAGCAUUGUUCUAGAUUCUGAAAGUGAGACAGAAAUGGAAAAUUCAAAGUCUUUGAAUAAACAAGCACAGCCAAAAGAGAAAUUUAGAAUGAAGUCUGAAGUUAAUGCUUGGGCAAAGAGAGAUUGCCAGGUAGCCAUUGAAAGGCUGCCAUCAUCUCUUGUUAAAGGUUCUAUGAGUGACAAUAAAGUUUCUUCCAUGGCAAGUAAGCAAAUUAGCAAAACUGAUCUUCCCUACAUUAUGCAUGGUCUUCAGGACAGUGAUGAUGAUCUUCCAGAUCUUGAUAAUGCAGACUUAAAACCAAUUCGUGACUCAGUAUCCUCAGAGAAUAUAAUAAUGAGGAGAAGAAGAAGAAAAGAAUCUGAGCCUCUAGGCAAGAGACACAAGAGGCAAAGCUCCAGGGAUUCACAACCAUCUGAUGCACAAGAGACCAGAGAUUCCCAGGGCCUCAGGCAGCAGAAAUUUCAAGCCAAGACCAGAUGCAUUGGUCAAAUCAAGAAAGAGAAGGGGUUACAAGAAAAUGUAGUAAACGUGAAAAUAAAAACAGAGAAAGUAGAGAAAGACCAAUGGCAUUUAAACAUUAAAAGGGAACCAGAAGAUAAUGGAAAGGAGUGUACAGAGAAAGAGAAAGUUAGUGAUACAUGUGACGAUGAAGAUGAUGAUGUUCUCAUAAUGUAUUCUCAGGUGGAUGAACCCAUCUGGUUGUCUAGUGAUGAGGAGGACUCUUCCACAUCAGUGACUGCAGACGUGUCCUUUGGCCCUCUUCCCGCAAGCCCAGAAUUAGGCAUAGAGGAAUUAUUUGCCACAGAAGAACAGCAGAAGGAGGCAAGAACAGCAGAUAAGGCUAAGGGUGAUGCCGUUACAGAUGUAGACAUCAAUGAGGAUGACCAGUGGUUCCCUGUUUUAUCUCAGUCAUUCUGGGAUGAUGACAUUGAGGAGACAAAAAAGUCAUCAAAAACAGAUGAGCCAGUUGCAGGUCCAAGCAGCACCGGCAACUGUACUAAACAAAAUGAUGAGUUGGAAGAUGAUGACAAGUGGCUUGAACUCUCACAGGGAUUCAUGGAUGAUGAUGCUGAUUUUGAUAAUUAUUGUUCCAAAGAUAAAGAUGCAUCUGACAGCAGCUUAAAGUAUCGCAGUGCAGCUGUAGAAAAAACGAAAAACAAAGACCCCAGGAAAUCUCAGCUCAUAGAUCCUAAGAUGCCUCCUGCUCGGACAAAGAGUGACAGCCUUCGGAAAAGGGGUCUAGGCACCAGUGAUGCUGCCAACUGGGUUUCUAAACAGCCAGGUCAGAAGAAGGCAUCAGACUUAGAACACAAAAGACAGGAAGAAUCUGCUGAAUGGCAUACCAAAACUAGAACCACAAAGAUUAUCACCCCACCCCAGAGGAGUUGCAGGAAGAAAGGACCCAGUUUGCGUGAAAACUUGACAGCAAAAUAUAACUUGCAGUCAUACAAAACAACUGUAGAACAAAAGAAGGAAAGUCAUCACCUUGUCUCACGAAUUGAAGAAGAAAAGAAGAAAGAGUCUUCUCACAGGAAAUCACACUUAGUUACAUCGGAACCCCGGAAAGAGGAAAACAUAUCCAUACAAAAGAAGCCUUCUCAUAAGAAAGGUGGGGACCAAGCAAAAUCCAGGUCGACGGUUGCUGCCAAAAUUACAUGUAAGAAUCGUUCAGAGAAGCUCAUUGACAUCAACAUCUUUCCUUCACCCGAAGUGCCCAAACCCCAGUUGCGGAAGAAAUACAAAAUUCCCAAAAAUGAUACUACCAGGAAGGCAGAUUCCAGAGAUGAUAAAAAAGGAGAAGGAAGUAGUCAUGUACUGGAGACAAGCACCAAGAGGGCCCCUCCAGCACCUGAAAUAAACACUGUGGAAAACAGUGAAAGGGAGACCAGUGCAACUCCUAUGCAAAAAGAUUCAGAAAAGGUUGCUGCAACAGGUGUUGAAAAGGUAAGUAGCAUUAUAAAAGAUACAGAGAAAGGAAAUGCGAAGGCUAAGAAACGUGUUCGUUUUCCAAGCCAGCUUGAAGAUUUGGUAAAAGUCUUGUACAUAUCACCACGCAAAAAUGCAGAUCGAUUGGGAGCAUUGUCUGUUAAAGCAAAGGAAGUGUUACCCAAAGAACUCUUAUUUUUGAAGUACAAGAUUCCCAACAACUAUUUUGAUCAGUUCAUUUACUUUGUGUGCAGAUGGAAUUAUGACUGGCUUGACAGCUACAGAGUCAUGCAGGAGAAGCAUGCAAAUGGCAAGCUGAAAGAGGUGAGUCCUCCUCCAAUUGUCCAGAACACCACCUAUCCAACACUCAUAUUGUAUGACUCAUACAAUGACUAUAAAGAGAUUUUCAGCACCCUCAUGUACUAUGAAGUCUGGGAGCACAUAUACCAGGACUGGUUACAGUACAGAAAUACCAAUAUGUGGCUGACAGCUCAGAUUGAUAUAAUACAACCCCCAGGCAUAGAUAGGGAAGUUAAUGCCCCCAAGUUUUGGAUGGUAAAGGUGAUUACAUUGAUCACACAAGAACAGAGCAACCGAAACCACCAUCCUAGGCAAGGUUCUCUUGUAGCCUUAAAGCUUCAUGAAGGAAAAAGAAGAGUUGUGAUUUUGGGCUAUGUUGAUAACAUCAUCAAGUCCAGAAAACGAAAUGUUACAAAAGAACUGGAUAUGAUGGUCCCACAAGGUGAAGUUUGCCUUCUUCUCUGCAUGCGUGUCACCAAGCACACCAUCCAGACUGUUAAACUAGGGAAGAUAAUAUAUGUUAGCAAUGUCUCUUACAUUCGUCCUGCUACGAAAACUUGGGAAGGUUUGUGCAAACUCCCUCAGUCCCCUUUGUGUGGUGACAUACUCAAGCCAUCUGAAGAAGUGUUCAAAUGUAGUCAACACCCAGGAGAGUACAUCAUUCAUGACAUGCCUCUCAACAGUGUGCAGAAGAAGGCUGUUGUUGAAGUUAGUAGUAAAUGCACUGUUGAUGAGCUGGUGCCAAAGAUCAGCUUGAUUCACGGUCCACCGGGAACAGGUAAAACACGGACUAUAACUGCCCUCAUAGCCCAGAUAACAAAGUCUUGCCGUGAAAAUAAGAGGCCAUGCAGAAUUCUCCUGUGUGCCCCAUCAAAUGCAGCUGUGGAUGAAUUAACCUUACGUCUUAUCAAGCUCAAAGAAAUUGGAUUGUCUCUCCGCCUGGUGAGGGUUGGUGUGAAAGAAAGUAUAAAUACUGAGUUGAGGGAAUAUACCCUUGAUGCUUUUGUACAGAGACAGGUUAAAAUUGAACUUUCCACCCCCAAAAAUGUAUCGACCCGACAAGAAUGGGAAAGGAAGAGGUACAUGGCAAAACAGGCAGCAGAUGCAUUGGAGAAAGCAAGGAAAGAAAAUAGGAAUAAGGAAGAGAUCAAGGCAAUGGAGACUCGUUUAAAUGAAUUAGUGAGAGGAAAAACAGAGUUUGAAAGAAGCUUCCAUUCCCAGCCUAAUUCACAGGAACGAUAUAAACUACAGCAAAAGUGGCAGGAGCAGUUUCUCUUAGGAGCAGAGGUCAUUACUGUGACAUUAGGAGGCUGUGUCUCAAGUGUGAUGCAGGAAGUCCUUGGCAAAUUGCCUCAUGCAUUUACAUGCUGCAUUGUUGAUGAAGCUGGACAAUGCAAAGAAACUGAAACAUGGCUUCCAUUGCUCUAUGGUGUCCGCAAGUUGGUUCUGGUGGGAGACCACAAACAGCUUCCAGCCACUGUGAUCUCACAGCUAGCCCAGUACAAAAAUCUCAAGCAAUCGCUCUUUGAGAGGUUCUUUUACCGUUAUGUGAUAGAACUGCAGAUGGACAACCUCAUCCACUCUCUCAAUGUCCAGUACAGAAUGCAUCCAGAGAUUGCAGACUGGCCCUGUAAACACUUCUAUUUGAACAAGCUUGUGACAAGUCCAGAAAUUGUAAUGCAAAGAAUGUAUGGUCUGAGACCAUACAUUGUUUUUGAUCUGAAGACAUCUCAAGAGCAAAAAAACCAAAACAAUGAGUUCUACAAUCCAGCAGAAGCAUCACUGAUUCGCAUUCUUUUGGAAGCAAUUGAGCCAGAUAUUGCACAGCAGAAGGUGGCCAUCAUAACCCCUUACCAGUGCCAAAAGUACAAACUUGAGGAGAAGCUGGCAAAAUUCUUUGGCCGGAUCAACCUAGUUAUCAACACAAUUGAUGCAUUCCAGGGCCAGGAGCGUGAUGUGGUAAUCCUUUCCUUUGUGCGGGCCAAUGCAGAGGCCAACAUUGGCUUUCUGUCUCAGCGUCAGCGUCUUAAUGUGGCCCUUACCCGUGCUCGCCGCUCCUGCUUUAUUGUGGCCAACCUAAGUACACUUGCAAAGAAUGAGGAUUGGAAAUCACUCAUACAGAAUGCCCAGGAACGCAGUGUUAUAAGAACCAUCACUCAAGCAGAAGAGAAUAACAGAGCACACAUCAGAAUGCUUGUCCAGAAAUGAGAUGCAUGUCUGUGCACAAAUGAGGCAUUGUGUACUGGCCCUUUACUACGGUUCCUUAUUUACAUUCUUGAGUGUGCUGUACAAUAUAGUUGCUAUUUAAGAGUAAAGAAGUUAUGCUGCACUUUUUGUAUGGAGUGAACCUGAUUUUAUCAUAUGUGGCAGUUUUCAAAAGGAAAAGAGGGGCACGCCAAGUUUUCAGUAAAAGAGAAGGUAAUAAGCAUAAAGAGCAUUUCAGGUUUUUGGCAAUUAUUUACUUAGCUUGAUCCUGGGGGGUUGAGAUUCUUGGAAAGCUUUAGUAAAGCUUUGAUUAGGUAUUAUCUCUAUGAAAUCCAUGAGGAAAAUUGACAUUAAGGAAAGGAAGCCUUUUUUUUAUGAUAGAAAUGCCUUCAACAUGAAGUGUUAUGUGAAUGUACUCUGUAAUUAUAUAUUUUUUUACAUUUUCAUCUUUUAGUACAUUUCUUGUUAACAAUUUGCUGUAGUUUCUCAAAAUUAUUUCAAGAGAAUAAACAGCCGCACUUAGCUGUUUAAAGAUAGUAUGUGUCACCUGCAAAGCCCUUUCUUUGUUGAUGUCAUGUGUACAGGAAGGAUUUUUUUUUCUUUUUUUUAAAUUCUAUUUAUUACAGAUUUUAAGAUUUAGCCGUUAAAUGUUUUUAUUAUUACUUGUUUCUCUCCUCUUAAUAAGAGGGCCUAUAAAAUAUACUAAGUACACUGUACACCAUGUCUGAGAGCUAAGGAUUGGUAUUGUGCUUUUUAUGAGACUGGUUUCCUUGUGAUAAAAAUGUUUUAUUGGACAAUUUUUCCCUUGAUUUAUGUAUGAUGUAAAUGAUCUGAUAAUAGGAAUUAAGUGUUAUCAGACAAAAUAUUUCAGUGUAGCCAAGAUGGAAUGAACUUAAAUUAAGACUGAAUUCUGUGGAGUGAAAGGAUUCUGAAUUUACUUUUUUUUAGGCUACUUGAAUGUGAUAUGGAAAUAGGAAGCUUUAUUAUUCUCUUGAUAAUAUUAGUAAAUUUAUUUUUGAAGCUAUAUUUUUCAUUGUUCUGACAGUCAUGCACUGCUUAUUCAAUGGACAUUAUGUGAACAGUUAAUAUAUGUACUUGCAAAGCUAGAUGGAAUACUGACUUACAUGACAGAUGUAAGCAUAUAUAUAUAUUUUAUGCAAAGCAAUUGGGCUGCCAGGUAUGUAAUGGUAAGGUACAAUUAUACAACCUAGAAAUACAUGUUCUGAGUCAUAAUGAAAGUUUGUGCUAUAGUACUGUACUUUCUAUAGUUAUUUUAAUGUGAACUUUCCCUAAGGUUUAGUGUAGAACAGUAUAUGCUUCAAUUCUUAGGUAGCAGCUUCUAAUCUUGUAAACAAGAUGGAUCUUCAGUGUUGCAGCAUUUCUCUCUUUAUUAUUAUUAUUUUUUUGAAAUAUUACUACCUAGUGCAUCAUGGCCCCCAAAUGCAGCAAAACCAAUGCAAGUGAUAGCAGCUUCAACAAAUAAAGGCCAAUUUAAAAUUGAAAUAAAAGGUGAAAAAUCCAGUGAGAAUCAGCAUAUGGGACCACAGACAUAAGCAGUGUAUGACAGAAUUUAUGAUAUAAAUAUAAAUUAGGUAAAUUGUUUAUUAUAAUUUUUAUAGUCAUAUCAUUAUAAAAUUAUUUUUUGCUCAUAUCAACCAUGACAUAGUGAAGUUGAUAUUUAUUCAGACAAAAUAUGUUCCCAAAAAUGAUGAAAACAUCACUAUUCUGAAUAAAAGUAUGGUUAGAAAAAUAUUGUAUAGUGACUUGGAACUACAUUAGGCCCAGAGAAUGCAGGAGAUCUAUUGUCAUUCAAAGUUCAUAAAGUAAAAAUAAUAGGUACUCUUUGCUGUAUAUAUCAAUUAAGAUAAAAUGUUAAACUGUUCAACAUAUGUCUAGCUAUUUUAGAUACUGAAAUUGUGACCCCCCCCCCCCCCCCCCCCCCAAGUAAAAGUAAUGUGAUAUCUGUAUUUCAGUUGUUUGUGUUAAUUUGAUUAUUUUUUUUGUAUAUAUAAAAAAAAAAAAAAAAAAAAAAUUGAUUGGUUUACAUUCUCUGUUUAAAAAAUACAAACUAACAUAUGGUUGGUUUAAGUUUGCUGUUGAAUGUAGGUUGUAUAUUACCAUUUCUGUGUGUGUGUACUAAAACAAGGAGUGUGAGAGGGAGUGAGAUAACAUAGAUUGAAAAAUGUAAGUUUCAUAGCUGGGAAAAGUAAGUGCUCUUCUACACAGGAUGACAUCAAUGAUUCCUUAACUCAGAUCCUAGUUACAUGGACUGUUCAUUGUAGUUUUGUUUAAUCAAUUUCGUUUACAUACAGAGGCUUCACAAGUACUUAUCAAGGAGUCAAUUAUGAGGCCUACCUAACCUCACCUAUUUACCCUACUCCUUGAAUUUUUGGGAAAGUUUGUCUAAUAUUAUUGUUAUUAAUCAUGUAAUUGUUAUUACUGAUAUCAUUAUUGUUAUUAUAAUGUUAUUACAAAAAUUAACACAAAAUAAAUCCAAAAAUUAAAGAAAUACGGUAAGAGGUGAGGUUUGGUAGGACUAGUAAUUUACUAAAUGAGACUAAAAUCACAGUGAACAGGACAAGUAUACAUGCCCUCCUGUCAACAAAGAGUCAAAAUAAAUUCAUUUUAGUCAUAUGAUGAUGCACUUAUAGAUUAGGUACAUCUGUGCUCCAAAUGUGAGUGGUUGUUGAGGUGCAUUUUACCAAAAGGUGUUUUUUUUUUUUUUUUUUUACUUCAAACUUUAAAUGUUGAUCUUAUAACCUAUACAGACUUACUUAAGUCUUCCUUUGUUUUAACACAGAAACAAAUACCACUAAUGGUGGUCUUGAUCAGCCAAAUUCUUUUACCCUCUCCCUUUGUUAUAUAUUGUAGCCUUUUUGUAUGUUCCAAAGUCAUUGGCUAGCCUUGUACAGCCAUGACAAGGGUAAUAGUAAAGUUUUAUACACAGUAAUAUUAAUUAUUUUGUCUUAAGAGAUACUCUCCCCUGGAUAUAAAAUUAAACCAGUUCAUACGCAAA